CUCCGUCACCCCCUUCAUCAAAUCCGCAAUCUCAUUCACUCACUGUCCGUGUCGAGGACAACAACUCACUACCUCCGUCUCUAUCUGCCCGUGAAUCUGAGUCAAUGAACUACAAAGAAUCAUUUCAGCACCAUGACCAGAGAUCUUUUCAUCGUAUGUGUAUUCAAAGACAUGAAUUGAACUUUUCGCUGCUGUGCUUAUAAAUGAGGCGAAGUUGUUGGCAGCUACAACAGGUGACUUUAUAUAAUAUAUCAAAUGCAUAUGACCACAUUCUGAUUUAUCAUGAUGAGGAAUAAGAAAAACAGCUGUUGGACAGCUAUGCAUAGGGAUCUUGUGUAGAAAAACUGUUGUAAACUACAUUUAAUUUAUAAUCUAAGUUCAAUUUGCGACUCUACAAAGCCAAAAUGACUUCUUCGUAUAAUGAUGAGACCAGGAGUGAUGUAUCAGAAUCUCUGGAAGUCUGUGAAUUCCAGGGACAAUAUGGAGAUCCGGGUGCUUACUACAAAUCUAAAAGCCUACCCGUUCUUAACGGAGACUGUGCCACCGUUAAUGAGUCGCUGGAACCGCGGCUGGUCAGUACGACCCAGACUUUAGUAAACACGGACCAGUGCUUGGCGUUCGAUGAUCUUCGACAGAAAGACUUGAGUGAACUGGAUUCGCCCACCAGGACUGAUUUCUCCCCUUCAAUGUCCAGUAUGGUGGGUCUCAGCAGCUCUAUGAGAACUGAAACUAAUCGAGCAGGUGGUAAAAAAAUUGGCUUUUCGUUGGCAAGAUUCAUCCGCUUUCCUGUGAGGAAGUACAUGAGGGUGAUUCUGUCCGACUCUAGGUGUUUUUUGUUUUGUAUGUGUUACCUGACGUUCAUCCAGUCGUUGAUGGUUUCAGGCUACCUUAGUAGUGUCAUCACCACUAUAGAGAAGAGAUACAGCCUUAGAAGUUCAGAAUCGGGACUGCUGGUUAGCUGCUUUGACAUCGGAAGUCUUCUGGUGGUGGUCUUUAUUAGUUAUUUCGGGGGUCGAGGCCAGAGGCCACGCUGGUUGGCGGUAGGAGGGGUGUUCAUCGCUGUGGGAGCAGCUCUGUUCUCUCUUCCGCAUUUUAUCUCUCCACCUUAUCAAAUUCAAGAGGUCAAUUCGUCCACGGGGAACGAGGGCCUGUGCUCGAAUGGGAACGGGAGCAGAAGGGACGCUCUGGACGUGUCGUCCUGUCCGAGGGACCAAGAGGGCAACGAUCACUCUGUGUACGUUGCCCUGUUCGUCUGCGCCCAGGUUUUGGUUGGCAUGGGAUCCACUCCUAUCUACACGCUGGGGCCGACGUACCUGGAUGAUAACGUGAAGAAGGAGAACGCUUCCCUUUACCUUGCUAUUAUGUACGUGAUGGGGGCUCUGGGGCCAGCUGCGGGGUACCUGCUUGGAGGCGUUCUGAUCGGCUUCUACGUGGAUCCCAAAACCGUCAUCAACAUUGAGCAAAGUGAUCCACGCUUUGUUGGCAACUGGUGGAGUGGUUUCCUGCUCUGUGCUUUCGCCAUGCUGUUGGUCAUCUUCCCCAUGUUCACUUUCCCCAAAAAACUGCCCCCUCGUCACAAGAAAAAGAAGAAAAAGCACGGGGCGGACAACACCUCUAAUGAUGAUGAUGUCCUGAAAGAGAAAUCUAACAGCAAAGGCCAGACUGUCGCAUCCUCCAUGGGCUUUGGGAAGGACAUCAAAGAUCUCCCCAAGGCUGCAAUAAGGAUCCUCAGCAACAUGACGUUCCUGUUCGUGAGUCUGUCCUACACAGCCGAGAGCGCUAUUGUCACUGCCUUCAUCACCUUUAUCCCCAAGUUCAUCGAAUCUCAGUUUGGAAUCCCUGCCUCUAACGCCAGCAUAUACACAGGUGUCAUUAUCGUGCCCAGUGCAGGGGUGGGCAUUGUACUGGGAGGCUACAUCAUCAAGAAACUCAAGCUUGGAGCUCGUGAGUCCGCAAAGCUGGCCAUGAUCUGCAGUGGGGUGUCUCUGCUGUGCUUCUCCACCCUUUUCAUCGUGGGCUGUGAAAGCAUAAACCUGGGCGGGAUCAAUAUUCCUUAUACCACAGGGCCGACACUCACUCUGACCCACAGAAACCUGACGGGAGGCUGCAAUGUGAAUUGUGGCUGUCGGAUCAACGAGUACGCUCCUGUCUGUGGCUCAGAUGGCAUCACAUAUUUCAACCCAUGCCUGGCGGGAUGCAGCACGGUUGGCAAUGACAGCACCGGGAUCAGAAACUACACAGACUGUGCCUGUGUGCAGAGCAGGCAGGUCAUCACACCACCCACCAGCGGCCAAGGCAACCAGCUGCAGCUUGUCAUAGUGAAGACCUACCUGAACGAGAACGGAUUCGCUGUGUCAGGAAAGUGUGAUCGCACCUGCAACACGCUCAUCCCCUUCCUCAUCUUCCUGUUCAUUGUUACGCUCAUCACAGCUUGCGCACAGCCCUCCGCUAUUAUCGUCACUCUCAGGUCAGUCGAAGAGCAGGAACGACCAUUUGCUUUAGGAAUGCAGUUUGUGUUGUUGAGAACUCUGGCCUACAUUCCCACACCUAUCUACUUUGGUGCGGUGAUUGACACCACCUGCAUGCUCUGGCAGCAAGACUGCGGUGUUCACGGCUCUUGCUGGGAGUACGAUGUGACUUCCUUCCGCUUCGUGUACUUCGGCCUGGCCGCCAGCCUCAAGUUUGUGGGCUUUGUGUUCAUAUUCCUCACCUGGUACUCGAUUAAGUACAAAGAGGAUCGCCUAGAACGCUGGCAGCGGCAUCUGCCUCCUCUGGGCACCGUCAGCGAGCUCAUCUGUCACGCAGGAGGCCACAAAAGCCACGCUCGUACCCGCUCCUGCCCCGUGUUCACACCCCGUCCCGAGGCCACCGACCAGCCCCGCUCAACCGUGGACACUGCAGCCAGAGCUGCCCUGGAAAUGCCCUCAAAGCAAUAACCCCACCUGCCCGCUCGCUGCAGGAAAUGCACAUUUGAGGAACGUGCGCCCUGACGUCUGCCUCCACGUGCCUUCCUGUCGGUGUCAGCGCCGACGUACGCCUGUUUUGCCUCCGCGUGGCUUUCAGGGGCUUGCUGCGCUCACCGAUCUCAGUGUCACCAGUACAAGCUCACAGCAAAUACAGGUUGCGUCAAAAUCAUGAAAUAUUUGCUGUCGAAGCGUAUGGAAGACAUCUCAUGGUGCUAAAUGAGGAACGGAGAGGACGUAUCUCUGUAUCCGGUCUUGGAUUCCAAGAUUGUUAUAUCAAAGACAGACCAUAAGCACAAAAGGAUAUCAGUACUAUGCAACGCCGUACCGCAUUAAAGCCUCCUAACUGUAUUAUCACUAUUCACAACAGUAUUCCCAACAGCAGAACAUCUGACAUGGUCUGAACAAAUCAUGAAGAAUUUCACUUCAGAAUGGUGUUAACAACUCCCUUCUGGUUAGUUUGGAGGUGUCAAUGUGAUUCAGAGCUGUACUGGAACAUUCAGCCUGCUGCAGAAAGAUCACAUGGUCUCAAAUUGGCCCGUCAGCAGUAAGGUCUGCCGGCUAACAGGCUGAGCGCUGAGUGCUAAAAUGCAUUUGGAAAAGGACUUUGAAGCCUUGUCUUCUUAUUCUUCAUCUUCAUAGUCAUUCUGUUCAGUGAUUGACUUUCAAAUAGCAAAACGUGUUUAGAUGCAUACUGUGGGAUCAGAUGUUUGUUCAGUGCUCCAGUAUCAGGUCUUGAAGAAGUCAGAUCAAUUUGAUGGAUUUUUUGGCGAAUCCGUAUUCAAACCGGUUUCGUUUUUUGCAAGUGUGAACAGCAAAAAAACGCACGAAACCUGAAGUUUACAAUCCCAGUCCAAACCAUGUUCAUAUCUGGUUUGAAAUCUGAUUCAAAUCUGAAUGGUUUGGAAUGACAAGCUGGAUAUGUGCAUUUUUCUCACUCUUUCCUUAUAUACACUCUAAAAAAAAAAAAAACGGUUUUGCACUGGUGGAGCCUUUUCAUAGUUCCCAGAACUAUUGGCAGAAGAUCACGCUUUUUGAUGUGUUUGCACCAUAGGAACUAGGAAUGUAUUUACUUCCAGGAACUCCGUUUGGGAAACUAAAUUAGCUCCUACUUCACAUUAAGGGUCUUAAACAGUUCUAUGGGAACUACCAGUGACGUAAAAAUACACCUUUUUUCCCAGAAUUACGUGAAAUAAACUUAAAAUUGUAAGAAAUAAAGUCAGAAUUAUGUGACAUGAACUCACAAUCAACUUUUUUCUCAGAAUGACGUGAAAUAAUCUCAAAAUUGUACAAAAUAAAGCCAGAAUUAUGUGAUAUAAACUCACAAUUGACUUUUUCUCAGAAUUGCUUGAAAUAAACUCAAAAUUGUGAGGAAUAAAGUCAGAACUACGUGAUAUAAACUCGCAAUUGACUUUUGUCAGAAUUGCAUGAUAUAAAAUCACAAUUGUGAGAAAUAAAGUCAGAAUUACGUGAUAUAAACUCGCAAUUGACUUUUUCUCAGAAUUACUUGAAGUAAACUCAAAAUUGUGAGAAAUAAAGCCAGAACUACGUGAUAUAAACUCACAUUUGACUUUUCUCAGAAUUAUGUGAAAUAAAGUCAAAAUUGUAAGAAAUAAAGUCAAAAUAACGUGAUAUAAACUCGCAAUUGCAUUUUCUCAGAAUUAUGUGAAAUAAACUCAAAAUUAUAAGAAAUAAAGUCAGAAUUACGUGAUAUGAACUCACAAUUGACUUUUUCGCAGAAUUGCUUGAAAUAAACUCAAAAUUGUGAGAGAUAAAGUCAGAAUUAUGUGAUAUAAACUCGCAAUUGACUUUUUUCUCAGAAUUACGUGAUAAACUCACAAUUCUGACUUUUUUUCUCAGAAUUGCAUGAUAUAACCACAAUUGUAAGAAAUAAAGUCAGAAUUACAUGAUAUAAACGCACAAUUCUGACUUUUUUCUCGCAAAUGCGAGUUUAUAUCUUGGAAUUCUGACUUCUUUCCUUAGAAUUGUGAGAUAUAAACUCGUAAUUGCGAGUUAAAGUCCACUUUUGUGAGAAAAAGAUGUGAUAUAAACUCAGUUCUAUUUUAUUUUCUCAGAAUUACGUGAUAUAAAAUUACAAUUCUGACUUUUUUUUUCAGAAUUGCGUGACGAACUCACUAUUGUGAGAAAUAAAGUCAGAAUUAUGUGAUAUAAACUCAGUUCAUACACAUACAAAACACCAGCUACCUGCCAUUUUUAAAAAGCCGUGUAAAAAAUAUUUACUCCAUGAACAUGGAAAACAAUAAUAACUGCAUUUAGCUAUCUGUUGUCUGCAAUGUCAUGUUGUUUUCUCAGUCUUGAUGAUAUGUAACACUGCAAGUUGUCAUAGGAGAUUUAGUCAGAUUUUUGUUCUCUUUUAAUCACGUAAAUUGUGCGUUUACAUUCCACCUCCGUUAUCACAAAAAAACAAAAACGGCUCUGAUCACCCUCGAUUUACCAGUUGGUGGUGUUUAUAAAUGCCACUAAUAAAAACGUCACUUUUGGGCGCUUCAGAGUUCCUGCUGCCAGUGCGAAUGCAACCAGGAAAACGUCCUGAGGGGAAAUUUGGUUCUCUAGGAACCACCAUGCUGGCUAGUUCCUGGAACUAAGUUCUUAGAUCUACGCGGUGCAAAAGCGCCUAUUGGCAUAAGGUUCCAUAAAGAACCUUUAACAUCCAUGGAACCUUUCCAUUGCAGAACUGUUGAACGAAAGGUUCUUUUGGGAUCCCGAAAUGGAACGUCUGUGGCAGGACUGCGAAAACCCGCUUUUGGGACCUUUUUUGAGAGUGUAUAGUGAAGUAUGUGACUCUAUAGUGAAUUAGUGAUCAAGUCAGUGAUUUUAGACACAGAAUUCCUUAAAGGGACAGUUCACCCCAAAAUGAAAAUUCUGUCAUUAAUUAAACCCUUGUGUCAUUCCAAACCCGUAAGACCUUCGUUCAUCUUCAGAACACAAAUUAAGAAAUUUAUGAUGAGAUCCGAGAGCUUUCUGACCCUGCAUAGACAGCAACGCAACUGACUAAUCAAAAUUAUCCUCGUAGCUUCACAUGCAUUGCUGUCUAUGUAGUGUCAGAUGAAAUGAAAACCAAAUCAGAGUUGUGUUAAGUGUGAACAGUGUUUUAAACUCAGAUUCAAAUGAGGAAGAAUCAGGAUUCAGUCUAUCGCUCAUACUGCUGCUGCUGCAUCCAAAUACCUGAGCAUGUCUGAGCAGCUUUAGCGUUAGCAUUGGUAAAGCCAUAGCAGAAUGAGAAUGGAUUCUCCGCUUUGGUUGACUUAUAUAUGAGCAUGUGCUCCGGCUACAGCCUGAUCCUCAAGCACUGGCUCUAUUCUUAUGCACCAACUAUGUAUAAUUAAACUAUUGCCUAAUAAUAUGCAAACCUGAAAUUUUCAGUACUCUGUGAUGGGUUUCUAAAGCCAGUUUGGCAGUUCAUUAGAUGUAGUCCAGUUGCUUUUGAUCAAUACUACACAGUACGGAAGUCAUGAAGACGUUUUUAGCCAUGUGCAAUAGGUAUUGUUUGGUUCGGUUUUGAUUAAUGAGGGACUAACGUGAUAGAUGUGCUUAGCAUGCAAACAACAAAACCCAGCUCAAUCGAUGAAAAAGUAAUGGAGACCAUGCUGUAUGAAUUCCAUCCUAUUACAUAUCUCCACUUUUGUAAGCCGUACUGUGUUAUGAUCAGAAUUUCAGAACUAUAAUAUGAGUACAUACUUUUUCCAAACCUCUUAUUAUCAGUGUUUUUCAUAAAAGAUGAAAUGUUUCAGAAGCUGACUUCAGUAUUAGAAUGUGAUAUUUAAAACUGGGGCGUAAGAAGUGAACUCAAGCCCUUCUUGAAAUGACUUUUUCAAUGUUUGUGAACUCUAAAGUGUACCGUGGUGAAAGUCUGACCUCUUUGCAGUAAUCAGGAGCUCCUCAUUAGUUUGACCUACAAUGUGAGCUGCUCAAAAUCAUUCUGAUGGAAUCGACCAUGUAGUGGCUGCAAGACAGCCUAAAAUAUCAAGGAUCUUGAAAUAGAGGAAAAAUUUAAUUUCAAAAUGAACGUUCAAACAAAUGUAUUUUACUCCCCAAGUAGCCUGUUGUUUUUUUCUGCAAUGUAACAUUUAAAAAAAAGAGUAUUUUUCCUCCAUGCUUGAGGUGCCUUGGCAGAGGAACACAACAGGUUUUUUUUUUUUUCUCAAAGUGAAGAACAAUUUAUUUUGUGCCCAUUUAAGCAAUUAACUCGCUUGCCCCAUUAUUCAAGAUCAGCUCACAUUUGAAGUCAAAUGAAUGCAUUGGUGUCUAUUUUUGCUAUCAGCAGGGCUGAUUUCAGAUCAGUGUAAAGGCCAGCUGUGUUUGUCCAUCUUCAGUAUACUCAUGGACACAAGAUGUCCUGGACUCCCACAUGUGAACUGUUCAUCUAGACAUUUACUUUAAUUCUGUCUUGGUUCUUCAAUAUUUUAUUGACAUGUAUUUAUUGAAAUAAAAGAAUUUAGAAAGAAGCGUCAAUGGGGACAUCACUGUAUCGUGUUUCACUGUAAGUUUUCCUUGAGUUUUCAUGUCAUUAAAACAGUACAUUUUUAUAUUUAAUGUUUUUAUUUUUUAAAAGGAAUUACAGCUUUUCUUCAGAAACUAGUCUUUUUCUUUUAUUAUACAGUAGCGCCACCUACAGUGAGACCAUCAGGAGAGGUAAAAAAGUUUUUAUGGCUUUCAAGCAACUU